AUGUCCCGCCGCUCCCAACCUCCCACUCCGGAAUCCUCUCCUCGGAUAGCCAAGAAGCCGAGGCUGGAAUAUCCUCCUCUGACCGCUGAGGACUACAAAAAUGGAUUGAUGCUUGCUCCGAUGGUCAGGUCAGGCGCAUUGCUAACUCGUCUCUACUCCCUCAAACAUGGAGCGAAGCUCGUCUGGGGACCCGAGACCGUUGACAAGGCCAUACUGCACACCACGCGCGUGGUUGAUCCCGUCACCGGCGUGAUCUCGUACCAUGGCAAGUCAAAACCCGUCUUCACCACCCACCCCAUCGAAAAGCCCUUCCUCAUCUACCAAAUCGGCUCCGCCGACCCCGCGCUCGCCGUCGAGGCCGCGAAGAUGGUCAUGAACGACGUCUCCGGCUUUGACCUCAACUGCGGCUGCCCGAAGCCCUUCUCCACGCACUCCGGCAUGGGCGCCGCGCUGCUCACGAACCCGGACCUUCUCUGCUCUAUCCUCACCGCCCUCCGCGAAGCCGUACCCCCAGAAAUCACAAUAUCCGCUAAGAUCCGGCUGCUGCCCUCGCAGGAGGACACGCUCAAGCUCGUGGAGCGCAUCAUUAACACCGGGGUCACGGCGCUCACGGUGCACUGUCGGACGCGGAACCAGCGGAUGAAGGAGAAGGCGACGAUUGAGCGGCUCCGCGAGAUCGUGCAGUUCGUGGAGCGCAUGGACAAGGGCGUCGCCGUCAUCGAGAACGGCGACUGCCUGGGGUACGAGGACUCGAAGCGUGUGCGGCAAAUAACAGGGGCACAUUCCGCAAUGAUCGCGACGGCGGCGGAGCAGAACCCCACAUGUUUCUCGCCAACACCUCUGAAGGACCUCGAGACGACCUUCGUCCCCGCCUACAUCCGCUUGGGCAAGUUCCUGAAUAAUCACUGGUCCUCGACCAAGUUCUGCUCGACCCAGUUCCGCGGAAUCCACGAGAGCUCGUCGCGGAACGACCUCAAGACGCUGCGCGAGGCGAUCGUGCGCGCGAAGGGCUACGCCGACCUCGACACCGUCGUCGCGCCAUGGACAGGCGAGCAGGAGUGGGCUGAGAUUGUGAACGCGAUCGAGAAGCGUGUGGGGCAGCGCGCGCCCCCGCACCCGCUCGAGGACGUCGCGGCGCUUCGCACUGCCGCGCCAGUCGCGACGGUCGACGGCGAGGUAGAGGAGACCGUGGUUCCGGCUGUUAUGCCAGCAGCAGAUGCGGUAUCACUAUUGGGUUUGGACGUGCCUCCGCCGGCGAGCCAGACAAUGGGUGUUACCGUUUAGCACCUCCGCGAUAUCAUGUAUCCAUUUUCACCAUUACACGAGUGAGCAUAAUAGCUAGAUGAUACUG